AUGACCAAGAAAAGUUCAGGCUCAAAAUUCCGUCUUCCGUUUUUUCAUAUUUCUUCCAAGGAUAAAACCAUCAUGGUACAGAGUACCUCGAAUGAUGCCGAUGAUGUAGAUAUUCGAGUGUUUGAUCCAGAGUUUAAAGUACCAUCAUCAUCAACGAUAACUUCUCCAUCGUUAACAAGUCCCGGAGGAGGAAAUAGUACGAGUCAUAUGGGACACGUCGUGAUGAAUAGUAAUAUUGGGCAUAAUGGUGUACAUCCAAAUCAUCAUCAACAACAACAAGGAUCAACAACAAUUCACUCGCCGGGUAGUGCCGGCUCGACACCGCAUCAACAAUUUCCUUCAUCAGUAAAAACACCAACCACUCCAAUCAGCGAAGAAGACGUUGAGAGAGUUCUUGAUACGGUGAAAGUCAUUGAUGAGCCUGAAGAAGCCUCAUCGGUAAAAAGCACCAAAGGAAUUGGAGUACUUGAUGUUUUGGAUCCGAGAGUUGAUGAAUAUAUUGUUGCAGAGUCAGUCGAUCACAUUAAAAAGUGCAAACAGAAACUGUCAGCCAAACCUGUAAAAUUACGGUUAGAAGAAAACAAACAAGCUACUGUAUCGUUCGAGGAUCAGAUGGGUUGGAUCGAAAUGAAAGUGUUGGGAUCAGGUGCUUUUGGUGAGGUAAAAAUGGUUUAUGACAGAAUUCAUUCAAAGACGUUUGCUGUCAAGAAAAUUCACUUUUCAAAAGCGCAAAAAGAAUAUAAGGAAAAAAUUGAAAAAGAAAUACAGGUCAUGCAGUCACUGGAUCAUCCAAAUAUUGUCAAAUGCUAUGGAUAUCAUGAACAUGGAGAAUUUUUCUAUAUCAUGAUGGAAUUAAUGCUCGGAGGAUCUCUAAAGAGUGUCAUGAAACGAAUUGGAAAAGGCCUCACCGAAGAUGUCAUACAAGAUUAUGCCAAACAAAUUUUUUCUGCUCUUGUAUAUAUUCAUGAAGAGUUACCUACACAUGUAUAUCACAGAGAUUUGAAAUGUGACAAUUUCCUUUUAGCAGGUAAUUUGAUAAAAAUUGCAGAUUUCGGAGAAGCGAAAGUGAUUCAGAAAGGACAAACAUUUUCUCAAACAAGGAAUUCUGUUGUGGGAACGAUAACCUUUUGCAGUCCUGAAAUGUUACGAGGAGACCCAACUUACAAACGAUCUCACGCUCCUGAUAUUUGGAGUAUGGGGAUGGCAAUUCUUGAAAUGAUUCAUGGUUAUAAUGUAUGGGAACGUGAGUUUAGGAAGAGUAUUCUCUCAGAUAGCUCAGAUAGUGCUGAAACAGACAAUGAAGCCUUGUAUAGUGAAUAUCGAUUGAUUGACUUUAUUCUUAAGAAUCUUCACUUGUUACAGGAGAAGAUUAUUCCUGAAUUGACGGUUUCAGAUGAGUUGAAAGAUUUAUUACUUCAAUGCCUCAAAGAAGAUCCAAGCCAACGACCAAAAGCCAGUGAAUUGCUCAAACAUCAAUUUUUCUCGAAAACAUUUCCCAGAGGAACACUCAAGGAAGAAAUUCUUGCCCAAUUUCACUUUUUCACGGACGAAUGUGAAAAGCUUCAACAAAAAGCUCUUCCCACUUAUCAUUCUACCAUUUUUGAUCCAAAUACUAAAAGUUUGACACAAAAAGAUCAAGAAGAACCAGAAUAUAGUGCAGACUAUUUUGAAUGA